AUGAAGUUCUUCAGCAUCCUUGCACCUCUUGCUCUUGCCUCCGCCGUCGCCGCUGCCCCCGGCUGGGGUGACUGGCAGGGUGGUAAGCCUGGAUGCCCCGCGGACAACUGCCUCACUCAAGCCGACGCCAACGACAUUGUCAACAAGUUUAUCACCGUCCUCAGUCACACUGAUAUCGGCGCUGCCAAUGCCACUGCUCAAGCGUUGCUUGCCGAUGGUUUCGUCGAGAAGAGCGACUCCAUCAACAUGCUUGCAGGCCAUCCAGCCGGCGCCGACACCUUCACGGGCAAGGCGCAGUACAUCCAAGGCGUUCUCCUCGCUCCCUCCGUCACCGGCAUCAACACCAAGAAGGUCCUCGCCAGCUGCAACGAGGUCGUCUGGUACUUUACAUUCACCGGCAUUGGCAGCAGACAGCUCCCCAUCAACGGCGUCAACAUCUUCGAGAUCACCGACAAGAAUCAGAUUGGCAAAGUGUAUGUCGAGUUCAACAACAUCGCCUGGGGUAUCGACACUGGCUUCACGAUCUACAGCCCCGAUGGAACCAAGUUGCCUCUGGCUUAAACCUGCAGCCUGCAGUGGUGAUAGACGGUCUGACAGGGCAAGAUCACGCAUUCAUGUAAUGGUACGAG